CACCACGCUCUAUAUAUACGUGCCUUUUAACUGACUGACUCCAUAUCAUUACGGAAGCUGACUGAGAAGCAGAUGGGCGCAUCAGCCACAGCCAAGCUGCAGGUGGUGGUCGCCAUUGAGUGUUGUAAAUAGUAGUUCUUAUAAAAGCAGGAUCCAAAUCCUUAGAAAAUUCAAUUGAUCUCACUUGCUAUCGCUAAACCAUUCCUCACUAAGGCCACCAUUCUGUUCUGCUCCACUAUGAAAGAGUGUUUUGUGUGUUCGCGUACCGUACUGGUGCUAGUCAUUGUGAUCGUCUCCGUACACCGACCCCACCAUCCUAACGCACUGGAACUUCUCGGUGCGGCAGAUUCUCUGCAGCCAAGAGCAGCGGCGAGCGCGAAUGUGACCGAAAGUGAAAGUGUUCAUCCGCCACCGGCAGCAACCGUUGCCGAGGAACGUUCCACCCCGGAAGAGACCGGCAAUGAAGCGCACCAUCGGCAAAAGCGGCUCGUGUCGGCCGGGGAGUACGAGAAGACGGCUCAGUACUGGAACAUUGGGGCGCAGCUGAAGCUGAAGGAGCACCUGAUGCGACAGCCGAACCGUAAUAUCGCUAAAAAUGUGGUCUUCUUCCUCGGUGACGGUAUGUCGAUACCGACGCUCGCGGCCAGCCGUAUGUAUCUCGGGCAGCAGCAAGGUCAUACGGGCGAGGAAAGCCAGCUGUCGUUCGAAGAGUUUCCCGACGUUGGUCUGGUGAAGACCUACUGUGUGGAUAAACAGGUAGCCGAUUCUGCCUGCACCUCGACGGCUUAUCUGUGCGGCGUCAAGGCCAACUAUGCAACGCUCGGUGUAACGGCUGCCGUCAACUAUGGUAACUGUGCCGCUAGCAAUGAUCCCCGCAACCAGGUCGAAUCGAUCAUGGCCUGGGCUCAGGCAGCGGGCAAAGCAACCGGAAUCGUUACCACCACCCGUGUAACGCACGCCAGCCCUGCCGGCGCCUACGCCCAUACCUCCAACCGUGACUGGGAAUGCGAUGCCGAUAUUGUGCGAUCGGGUGGCGAUCCGGCUCAAUGUCCCGAUAUCGCCACGCAGCUGAUUUACGGCGACACGGGCAAACAGUUUCGCGUUAUCCUUGGUGGUGGCCGUCGCAAGUUCCUGCCGCGUACGAUGAAAGACGAGGAAGGUAUCCGCGGACAGCGAAUGGAUGGUGCUAAUCUGAUUUCCCAGUGGUACUAUGGUAAACCGCUCGGCACGGCACGGUACGUGUCGAACCGGCAGGAGCUGAUGGCGCUCAACUUUACCGAGGUGGACUACUUGCUCGGCCUGUUCGCGGCGGAUCAUCUGAAGUUUCAUCUCGAUGCCCGUCCCGACUUGGAUCCAACGUUGGGCGAUCUGACGUACGCCGCGAUACGAACGCUGGAGAAGUACCCCGAGGGCUACGUGCUGUUUGUGGAGGGUGGCAAAAUCGAUCUGGCCCAUCACUUCACCAAGGCACGUAAAUCGCUCGACGAGACGGUACAGCUGUCGGAGGCGGUGCAGGUAGCGCGGCAGCUCACCACGCAGGACGAUACGCUGCUCGUCGUGACGGCGGACCAUUCGCACACGAUGACACUGUCGGGGUACGCGACACGUGGGAACGAUAUUCUUGGCCUGAACAGCCAGAUCAGCGACGGGGAUAGGAAACCGUACACGACGCUAGCGUACGCGAACGGACCGGGCGGGCCGGUGCCGGGCCCGAAGGGCCAGCGGCCAAACAUCACCGAGUCGAUGAUAAAGGACCGAGACUUCCAAUUUCCGAAGGUGGUGCCGAUGAAGUACGAAACGCACGGUGGCGACGAUGUGGCACUGUUCGCGUACGGACCGUGGUCGCAUCUGUUCGGUGGAAUGUAUGAGCAAAAUGUUAUACCACACCUGAUAGGGUACGCGGCGUGCAUCGGGAACGGGGAGCACGCGUGUUCGACGGUUGGCAGUUUGUAAACAGUUGGGCUUUGCGGUCGCUUUUUUUAAUCUGUCGUGUUGUAUUGUUGUGUGUUUGUAAAUAAAAUUCCUUUGUGUUUUUAAGUUAUG